UAUGUUUUUUUGGCAACUAUUCGCAGUUUUUAUGAUUAAUUUGGCAGCCCAUUGAGCAUCAGCUGAUUUUGCAUCAUGCUUUUUUCUCGCUUUGCUCAUUUGAAAUCUGAGUUCUGGCAACUGUGAUCGGCGCGUUCAAAAACGAGAAAGAUGUCUGCUGAGAGAUGACUGCUAGGGUAACUUUGGUCUAGGCCAGCGGUUCCCAAGCUUUUUUCAGGAUGACCCAAGACAACUUUCAAGCGUCCAGUGCGACCCCAGAUAUACUUGAUCGUUCCAAAACCAUCUGCUUGGAAAAGUUUGAAGAGAAAAUGGAUUCUUGCAAUUUGUUGGAGUCGAAGAUAACUCAUUUCACAUCAUAUGAUGACAUCUCGUUUUACCUUGGUUCGAAUGUGUCCAACUGUCCACAAAAAAUAUCAAAUAAUUUUGUAAAAAACUUUGGUGUUCUGAUCGAUCAGGCAAUUCAAGAUGAGAACCUUCGAAAUGUUGGGGUCGUAGUUCAAGUUUUUAAUUACCUAUUACAACAAAACCAACCCGAUACAAUUCAAGUUUUAAUUUCCUGUGGAUUCCAUGAACAGUUUGAUCUUAUGCUUGGUUUCGCUUUCUCUCAAGUCAGCUUGAAGAAAUCGCAAAAACCUGAUGGAGAUCAACUUUAUCUUAAUCUUCUUAGGUUGAUUGUUGAUUAUUGUGGAAGAAUGAAUGAUCAUUUCAACUGGUUUUUUCAAAACUUGCUGCAAAAAAUUAGUUCUAUUAUAUCGGAUUGUACAGUAUAUUAUGUCAUCAGAAUGCAGACUGCUGAAAAAUUUCUUGGAAUAUUUUCUGAUGAAGACACGGAGGUUGUUGGGUUUUUACGGAAUUCUAUCGAACAAAAUGUGAAGGUUUAUGACCAAAUUUGGGAGAAAGCAUUCAAGAGUUUGCCACAUGUAGGAGAUUUCCAACUCCAGAAAUCAAUCGUGGAGAUUAUUUUACGCAUGUGGCCUACCAAUGUGAGGGAAAGUAAAGUGUCCAAUUGGUGUGAUGGCAAUCAGCAGUUGCUGACAAAGUUUCUUGUCAUUUCCCAUGACAAGUUUGAUUAUGGUGUCCGUAUGUUUUUGAAUGAUGUCAAUUCGUCUAGUGCCACUAGAAGGAUUCUCACCUUGAACUACAUAGAGUUACAGAUUGGAGAACAAACUCUCGUUCCUUGUGAUCAGUGGAAAAAUUGUGUUGAUUUUUGUUACGAAAGCAAAAAGCUUUUUAUAACAUUUCCAGAUAAGGAAUCGUCAGAGCAGCAUAAAGGAUCCUGGAUCACAGAUUUCAUUGAAGGAGCAGAUCUGGUUUCGUUUACAACUUCAGAAAACCCAGCAAUGAGAAGCUUGGACCUUCAUAUCGAGUUUGAAAGUUUCACUUCACAAGUUUUGAAAGAGUUCGAAUUGAUCGACGAACUCGCCACAAACCUGAUCAUUCGAUUCUAUAGAGUAGCGCCCCUGGAUGCAAGUCAAUUAUUGAAAUUCACAAGCUGUCUGUUUGGUAGCAACACCUAUCUAACGAAACAGAGGAGGAGAGGCUUUGUUUCAAGACCUCAAGCAAUGCUGAUCAUGAACCAGGGUCACAGCCAACACUCUGAUCGCGCAAGCAGAAAUAAUCCCUCUAUCACUAAUAUUUCUGAAGCUUUGCGUACAUCUCAGUCCUACAUUGAGUACUGCCAGAGUGCCAGGGACGAGGCGUUGAAACUUGAGAUUUUAAGCAUGUGUUCACAAGACUACUACUACCUACUUUACAGCAGUUACUAUAUGAAUAAGUUCAAAUAAGUUUUUGACUCCGAUUGGUAAUGAAAAGAAAGUCAGCAAGGGAAAGAGAACAAGAGCUAAGAAUAAUAUUAUAGUGAGUUAAUUAUGUGUUGCCAUAUUUUGCAUUCUCAUCUUUGCUCAGAACAGGAUUCUUAUGCGAACUAUUGUUAUAUUGAUAGAAACAUUUUAAAUUCGAAAAUUUCAUUUUAUUAUA